AUGACAGACGACCCUCCACUGAAGACGUACGCUGGUCCCCAGCUAAGCUCGGCACCCGCUUACACAUCCGGCUCUCCCACUGUUGUCAACGGCCUAUCGAACGGGUAUUCCCUUCCGGAUGGCGCUGUCGAAGACGAGGACGGAAUCAUUAAAUGCAUCUGCGGCUACCACAACGACGAUGGCAGUACAGUCUUGUGCGAAGUGUGCAAUACAUGGCAGCACAUAAUCUGCUACUACGACAAGCAUACAGAUGUUCCCGACGUCCACGAAUGCGUCGACUGUCUUCCACGGCCGCUUGAUGCAAAGCGUGCGGUCGAGAGACAAAAGGGAAUCCGGGAGCUGCCCAACGUGGGCGACAAGAAAGUCAAACGAGCUGCUACCAAAAGCCACAAGAAGAAGGCCAGAGAGUCCGUGUCGGGUCCGGUGCAGAUCAAUGGCUGGCCUCUUGGCGACAAACAAGACCUCCACGACACUACGGAUCGGAAGACCGGGGCUCCACGCGAUUCGCAUAUCCCGAACAAACGGCCCAAAACCACGCACAAGAGUUCUGGAUCAAUUGCGUCCGCAACUCCACAGGCACCAACUCAUGCCUCUCGCAAACGAGCCACCUCGGUCAUUCGGAACGGCCAAAGCCCCAUGAAAUCUCCCGUCAAUUACGGGUCGACGGAGCAGACGAGCGACUACUUCUCUCCCGAGUUCAUGCAGUUGUAUCGCCAACCCGAGUUCACGAUAAUCACCGCUAACUCAUUCGACAACAUCGCUGUCACUGAUCUUCUGACAGAAUGGCUUGUAGAUCCCAACGCCCUGCCGCUAGUCACAAACGGGAAAACUCGCAAUGAGAUCUUCUCGCGCUUCUCGUCAAUGGAAGAGCUGGAAGCCCGAGACCCAGGGCUUACCGUGGAGAUCGAAACGGACCAGAGCAUUACGAAACAAGGCGUCCAUCCAACGUGGCAACUGUUAACAGUAGCCAGUGAUGUCCUUGCCGGCGGCUACGUUGGAGAGCUCAAAGGGCAAGUCGGCUUGAAACACGAUUACGUCUCAUCAUCAUCCGGACGAUGGAUGGCCUUGCAACAUCCGGAGCCCUUCGUCUUCUUCUGCCCCCCUUUACCGAUUUACAUCGAUGCCAGAAACGAAGGCAACAACCUGCGCUACAUUCGAAGAAGCUGUCGGCCGAACGUCCGAAUGCAAAUACUGAUAACGGAGGGAACUCAGUAUCACUUUUGCUUCAUCGCGAAAAGGGAUAUCUCGGCAUUAGAAGAGGUAACAAUCGGCUGGGAUCUGAUGGAGGACCACCUUCGUCUUCUCAGUGAAGCAUCCCGUACGAAAGGAGGAAUUCACAACAUCGAGAGGGGGGAAGAGAUUUCGCACUGGGCACAGGUUGUGCUUGGCGCGUAUGGCGGCUGCGCCUGCAGUUUACCGCCGGCUGAGUGUAUUCUGCAACGUGUCUGCUUUCGUAACCAUGGUUACGUGGCGGAGACUACUUCCCAGAACCAAAACUUAGUCAAGUCGAAGAAACUUCGGAAGAACGGUACGCAGAUAUCACCGCUGAGCACUGGAUGCGCCACCAACAGCCGCGCCGGAAGCGAAACCCUACAUCGUAUCCAUACUGAAGACGAUCAAGUAGACAGCCGUUCGGCUUCGGGAUCCUCGCAUAGCAAGCCUGGCAGUCGGGAUAUCACGCCUAUGGCUCGCGCAUCCACCAAUGCCGCUUAUGGAUUGGGGGUCCAGAUUUCAGACCGUGAAAAGAGGAAGAUGAUGGCAGAGGAGCGCCUCUUCGAGCAACUGCAGCUCAACGAGCAGCACACCACGAAGCGGCGAAAACGGAAUAGCGGCGCAUCGACUUCAAAUGUUGUCAACGGCCAGCGGGCGGUGUCCAAAGCCACUCAGCCGUCACGCGCGUCCACUACUGCUGCGCAGCCGCCACCGAAGCCUAAACCUGUAUACACCGACGCGUCGACACAAACAGAAGCAGACAAUGGUCUCGCAUACAACCUUAAUAUUGUGGUGAAGAGACGCAGACCACGCAGCUCGCCGGUACAACUUCUCUUACAGCGGGCUCGAGAAGAAAGAGAGCGUCGCGAGCGAAGCCAGCGUACUCAUGCUGAGGCUGCAAGGUCUGACUCCGUGGAUCUCCGGGAUGUUGUUAUGAAGAAUGCCGAUAGUGAUCAGUUGUCUCCAGUAGCUUCCUCGUCAGCUGCGGCUUCGUCACCAUGGGCGAACAGUACAUCUGGGUGUCCAUUACAGAAGGAUGUUGCAACCUCGCCCGCGCAACUUGGUUCUUCGGUAUCUUCGAACUCAAGAUUAUCCGUCAUUUCGCCCUCAGCGACAUCUCACGUCGAGGAGCAUGAGGAUGUGGACAUGAAAGACGCGGACACAAGCAUUGGCUUCCAUUCGACAUCGUCGGCUGUGAUGCAUUCAGCAACGCCAAGUAAAAGUCCAGUAUCUCAACAUCCUGCACAGUCUUCACAUCCGCCCAUACAGCCGCCGCCGCCGCCUUGGCCCGCUACAGCACAAGCACAGGCACCGUCACACCCGCUCCCGAUGCAGAAGACAGUCGGUCUGCACGUCCAGCUUCCUCCACAUCCUCCGCUGCUCUCUUCUGUGUCCUCCAUGACGCCCACCACGCCCUCUGUCCCUGGCGCACUAGGACCGCUGGCCGGCUCUAUCGCGCAAUCUCCAUCCGCCCUCACCGUGCAACCGCCUAUCUUCUCGCCUAACGUUGCGGCUGCUGUUACGCCGAGCCCGAUGCAGAAGAAGAAGCUCAGCUUGAGCGACUACACGAGCAGGAAGAAGAAGACGGAAGCACUGUCUGCGGUAGCAUCGUCAGUGCAAGCGCCUUCGGAAUCGCAGCUGCCACCUCCGCAGUCUUCUCCGCCGAACGGCGCUACGGUUGUCCUGGGCUUGCCGAUGGAUGAGAGCACUCCUCGGUCUCUCCCCGAAGCGCUAACGAGAUAG